UCAUCACAUUGAGCGUUCUUAUAUAACCUACUCGGGCUGUACGGAGGAAUGCCAACCGCAAAGGGCAGGCGCACACGCCCUUUUCCUCACUCUCCCUCGCUCUCGUUUCCCUCACCGACACACUGUCCCCGCUUAUCUCUGCAGUCACGUUGAGGCUGAGGCUGCCUGACCCACACAGUGUGCCCUGCUCGUGUUGUAUAUAGACCGGAGCCGAGCGGCAGGCAGAGCCGAGAUUGUGUGGCCAGAUCAGGACUGGGCGAGAGAGUAGGGGAGAGAGAGAGAGGGGGAGUGAGAGGGAGAGAGAGCACGGUGGGGGGUUGAGGAAGAGAGGGACAAACACGGCUGCAGCUGCUCUCUUCUGCAUUAAGAGACACACUCCCUGACAUAGGACCAGCAACGGGCCGUCAACAGACUGGAACUCGUCAGACUGGUGGCUAAGCAGACUGGGACUCGGUCGGACUUGGACUCGGUGGACUGGGACUCUGUAGACUGGGGUGCUCCGCAGACAGGUACGCGCCAGUCUGUGUCUCCCGCUGCGGGCCUCCUACCACUCACGGCCGGGACCCUGUGGCCACGGCCCUGUGUGCUCUGGAGGAUACCACCAGGCCCGGCGUGCAUGUGAGUGCCCGAGCGUCCACGGUCGUGUCAGGCGCCAGGAUGAGGAUGAAGGAGCUGUCUCUCCGCCAGGACCCGGACCUGCGGAAGGAGCUGGCGCUGCUGGCCCGGGGCUGUGACUUUGUCCUGCCCUCGCGCUUCAAGAAGAGGCUCCAAGCCUUUCACCAAGGACAGGCGCAGGUGAAGGCGCCGCCGCCCGUCGCCCCGGUGCUGAGUGAAAGCAUUCCAAAGUUCUACUUCCCACUGGGCCGGCCCCAGGCCAACCUCAACGUCGACGGCCUCAUUUCCAAGGUCGAGACAAUAUUUGCCCAGUUCCCCGGUGAAAGGGCCAGCAUUGAGGACAUGGGGCAGGUCGCCAAGGCCUGCGAGUGUCCCCUCUUCUGGAAAGUGCCAUUGUUCAACGCGGCCGGAGGCGACAGGACGGGCUCGGUGUCGGUGCACAAGUUCGUGGCCAUGUGGAGAAAAACUCUUCAGACCUGUCACGACGCCGCCGCAAAAUUUGUGCACCUCUUGGCCAGGCCUGGCUGCAAUUACCUGGAACAAGAGGACCUUAUUCCAUUCCUGCAGGAUGUGGUGGACUCUCACUCAGGCCUGAACUUUCUGAAGGAGGCCUCCGAAUUUCACACACGCUACAUUACCACGGUCAUCCAGAGGAUAUUCUACAAUGUGAACCGGUCUUGGACUGGCAGGAUCACAUGCUCAGAGCUGAGGAAAAGCAACCUUCUUCAGAACGUGGCCUUGCUGGACCAGGUGGACAACAUCAACCAGCUGACCGAGUUCUUCUCCUACGAACACUUCUACGUCAUCUACUGCAAGUUCUGGGAGCUGGACACGGAUCACGACCUCUUCAUCGACCAGAGAGACCUGGCCCGUCACAACGACCAGACCAUCUCCAACAAGAUGAUUGAGAGAAUAUUCUCGGGAACCGUAACAAGGGACAGGCGUGUGCACAGGGAGGGCCGCAUGAGCUACGCCGACUAUGUGUGGUUCAUCAUCUCCGAGGAGGACAAGAAGACGGACACCAGCAUGGAGUACUGGUUCCGCUGCAUGGACCUGGACGGGGACGGGGUGCUCAGUAUGUACGAGCUGGAGUUCUUCUACGAGGAGCAGUGCCUGAAGCUGGAGGCGCUGGGCGUGGAGCCGCUGCCCUUCGAGGACUGCCUCUGCCAGAUGCUGGACCUGGUCAAGCCCGAGGCCGAAGGUCACAUCACGCUGCGGGACCUGAAGAGGUGCAAGAUGGGCCACGUCUUCUUCGACACCUUCUUCAACGUGGAGAAGUACCUGUACCACGAGCAGAGGGACCCGUUCUCUGUGGUGAGGGAGUUGGAGACGGAGGGCCAGGAGAUGUCCGACUGGGAGAAGUACGCGGCUGAGGAGUACGACCACCUGGUGGCCGAGGAAACCGGCGACCAGUGCAAUGAAUCGUACGAGAACCCCCUGAGUCCCUUAGGCCAGCACAUCUCCACCGAGCUGGGCCUGAGGGCAAAGAAACACUUUUUUGAGUUCCCCACCGCGCCCUGCAACCUGGACCUGGGGGAUUACAAGUAUGAGGAGGACUUUGAAUGAAGCCGGUCCUCAACGGCUCCCCCCUCCUGCUCCAGGCCGGGGCCCCCUUGAGGGCCAAGGACCGGACAAGCCUUCAGUGUGUGUGUGUGUGUGUGUGUGUGUGUGUGAACGGCCUUAGGGUGGAAACUGCCCAGACCGGCAAGCCAUAGGAGACGACUCCACGACCUAUUCACUACAGCCAGUGCCAACGCCCCCCCACAGGAAGACCGAUGCGUCCGAGGCUCAUCAAGAGGCUCCACUACGGAGACCAGCAGUCAGCGGUCACCGGCUGGCACACCACCCCUUCACUGUGAGCGCCCUGCCCCUUGAAACGCAUUGGAUCACUUGAAAGCGUACCGCGUUUCAUUCAACGCAGCUUGUCUGGCAUUCAGUAUUGGAGCUAAGCGGCUAAUGGGACAUUCCAGGGAACCAUCAACUUCAACCACUGCAACUGUUGGGGGUUACUGCAGCGGAAAAUAACACGAAAAUGCUAAAUCAGCCAAGAUUUGACCUACUGUGUACAGUUGUGUGUGUGUGUGUGUGUGUCUAUGCGUUUUUGUUUGUUGUAAGGUGGCCAUUGGUAAACAUACAGUACCUGUAUGUAAGGUGAAGGAUUUGGUGCGAGAAAAAUGAAGUGAUAAAUUAUAUUUAUAAAUGGGUGUAAAUAUUUCUGUGUUUGCUGUGCUGUAUACGAGUUGGGGGAAAUGUCUCAUGAAUACUGUUUUAUAUCUAAGAGAAAAAAUACCUUUUAAAUGUAUUUCAAUAGAGUGAAGAAUCCUUUUUAACUUGUUUUUCUUCAAAUAAAACUAAGUCUAUUUAUUGG